CUGUCGGCCUCAAAGAUGGCAACCCUCGCGACGGAGUGGCCCGGAAGUUUGACGCCAGCCUUGUCAACGAGUAUACCAUUACAGAGCGAUUUCUGAGUGGUCAAUUGUACAGCAGUGUAGGUCGAAUUCAGAAUACGAUGAGCAGCUACGUGGAUGGACUGACGAAGCUGGCUUGGUCGGCAGACUUCAAGGCGCAGACGGCUCGAGCGUUGCAGAGGCGCCUCAACGGACGCGCGGCGGAGAUCCAGCAGCAGGCCAACGUGGGCGCCAAGACGUCCUGCGCACAGUUUGGACAUCGCGUCCAAGGUCUCAUCGACGUCUACAAGAUAUUCAAGUCGUGGUUCGAUGAUGAUUCCGACUCAGCUCUGGUUCCAGCCGCGACAAGAUUCAAGGGUAAUUUGUUGCCGUGCUUGCGCCGUGCCAAGAAGGAGCUUGCGACUGACUUCCAGAUCGUGUACGCCGUCGCGGGAUUCUAUGGCAGGGUGGUGAACGACGGCGCCCCCGUCGAUCAGGCAAUCGCAUCGGUGGACUUCAAGCUGCUGUGCGAAUGCCAUCAGACGUGCAUGGCGGGCCCGACGCUACAGAUGGGGCGCCCUGCCUCUGCCGCUGCCCCCGUCCAACAACCUGUUGUCAAAGCAGAGCCGGCUGGUGGGGAUGGGGAUGCGUCAACUGCCAUUGACCAGGGGGUGGGGUCGCAGAAGCGCAGGACGUUCAUCUUGCCGAAGAGCCUGGUCGCCGAUCGCGUCGCGAUGCCGCCCCUCGCGCAGUUCGAGAAGAUGGCGAGCGACGCUGCAGCGCAGUGGCUAUUCAGCGCGCUGCCCGACGCCACGGAGACAAACGACAAGGUGGGCCAGGGGCUAUGCGAUCAACGCGUGUUCGAAAGAUAUUUUCCCACCGAAUUUGCGGAAGCGGUGUGCAGCCGCGCAGCUGGCGUUGCGUUCGUGGACGCAGCCCUCGCCCAUGCCCAGAUUGGCGUGGAAGACGCGGCUGCCACGAGCGGUUUCGAGUGUUCCGUUGGCGGAUUCGAGGCGGUCCCCGAUCCAGUUUUCGAGGGCGUCGCUGCUUGGCUGCAGACGGGGCGCAAGGGGAAGCCCGUGAGCAUCGACAGCUUCGGCGAGUGCAUGGAGGCAUGCCAGACGAUGGCAGUCGCCUGCAGCCGGGCUCUCCAGCGCUGGUCUACGAGCGCCCUGACCGAGCAGAUCCAU